AAACGUGUGUGUAUGCGUGCGAAAGAAAGGGAGAGAGAACGUGUGUGUGAAUGUGUGUGUGUGUGUGCAUAAUAUACCUGUUUGAAUACGACAACUGAAUAUCGCGUCUCUGUUUUAUCAGAUCGUCAAGAGAUGAUAAACAAAUUCAAAUGUGUCGUGACGGUUGCCAUGGGAACGUCUGUUUUCCUGUUCUUCGGUUUGGCAAACAAACAGUUCUGGCAACUUCGUUCUUACAAACCUUUCCACGCCCCAGCUCCCCUUAGUCGGGAUCUUUUCUCUGACGGUUUUGGUGACAAAACCAUCCCAGACGCGAGGGAAGGUGCCCGGCUCCACAGAAUUCUGCAGGAAUUCACGGGCAGCUACCUCGAUAUUCCAGCAGACAAGGAAACAGCAACCUCUGCAGACUUCACGGAAUUCCAGAUCCUACAUCCGGGGUCUGUCUACAGAGUCGGCGACAUUUUGUCUGUGAUGAUCCUGGCAAAGGACAUGCGCAACAGCUAUGCGUCACUAGAGUGGUACUGUGAAAGGCCGUGGAACGUAACAUGUAACCAGUCGGUGUACCACGGCUUUGCUGGGUUCCGGUCGCUGGAGGAACUGGGGGUGACUAAGGAGGAAAGACUCUACUUCAAGCCGGGGUGA